AUGACUUCCAAACACAAUUCUUCUUAUUCGAAUGAAAACAAAUAUUCUGUCUUGCUUCCCACUUACAAUGAACGUCAGAAUCUGCCCAUCAUUGUUUGGAUGUUAGUCAAGGCUUUCACUGAGGCUGGAUUGGACUAUGAAAUCAUCAUUAUUGAUGAUAACUCGCCUGAUAAUACAAUUCAAGUCGCUAGGCAGUUGGAGAAAGUGUAUGGCACAGAUAGGAUUCUUCUUCGUCCUCGUGCUGGAAAACUUGGAUUGGGAACUGCUUAUGUUCAUGGUAUUGAAAGCUCUACUGGAAACUUUGUCUUUAUCAUGGAUGCUGACAUGUCACAUCAUCCCAAAUUCAUUCCUGAAUUCAUCAAGAAACAGCAACGUCAUAACUUGGAUGUGGUGACUGGAACAAGAUAUGUUCAUGGCGGUGGUGUGUAUGGUUGGGAUCUAAAGCGUAAGCUUACAUCUCGUGUAGCAAACUACUUGGCUGAUAUCAUGCUUAAUCCAGGCGUUUCAGAUCUCACUGGAAGUUUCAGGCUUUAUAAAAAACAUGUCUUGAAGGAUUUGAUUCAACAUACUGUUUCAAAAGGUUAUGUGUUUCAAAUGGAAAUGAUGGUACGAGCCAGGCAGCUAAACUACACCAUUGGCGAGAUUCCAAUCACAUUUGUCGAUCGUGUAUUCGGAGAGUCCAAAUUGGGUCCCAAUGAAAUCGUUGGGUACCUCAAAGGACUUUGGAAUCUUUUUUUAGAUAUUUAA